AUGCAAAUGAUUAACGAGAUUGCCGAAGGUGCGCUAAUGAAGAUACGAGGUCGUAAAGAGAUUUAUUUAGAUUUUGGUUUGUUACGAAAUGAGUUCAAUUCCUUGUUCGACUCAACUGGAAAAGUUACUCAUGAACAAUUAAACAGUAUGAUCGACUUACAACAACAAGUCUUGAAACAAGUUGAUCAAUUACCAACUCUACUCCAUACACUUUUCAAUCACACAAAUUUAGAUUCACAACUUCUAUUUCGUUUAAAUGUCGAUACAUCUAAUCAUUUGCCCGACGAUCAUCAAAUAACAGAAAUGUUACAACCGUCAGCACGUUCUCCUGAUCUUCACGUUACGAUUAUGAACAAUGGAAGUACUGACAACAAUUCUGUAUUCAACUCAGUAUUUCAUCCUAUGGAAUCUUCAACAGAGUCGACUAUUCAUCGAUUAGCCAAAAUUGAUUCAAUUGUACCAGCUCCCAUUGCUACUACACUAAUAAGUCUAGAAAACAACGCACCUGAUUUUGAAGCAAACAUUGAACCACACGAAUUAACAAAUAAUCCGUCCGCAAAUCAUGUAACGAACGAAAGUAUAACCAGUGAUCAAUUUGAUUCUGGUUAUACAUCGAGUAUCAUACGUCACAAUCCCACAAUAAUCAAUUCGCACAAUGAUAAAUUUGCUGGUACUUUGUGCUGUUAUGAAAACCAACUGUUGUUCAAUGACUAUCAUCAACGAUUAAUAUGUCCUCGUCUAACUUUCAUACCAAAUGUUUCUCAACCAACAGUACGACAACACAUCGCUUGGACUCAGCCGGAUACGUCUAUUGGCGGUGGAGAUGACAGCUGGAUACAAGAUAUAGCAUAUUCAACUAAACUAAAAGGAUACUUCUUACUGAACCGUGCGCGUUUACGAUUGCUACGCAGUGACACAUUACAAAUGGAGGAAUUCGAUCAGUUCCCUGAUUAUAGUAUGAAACGAGUUGCAUGCGAUGAAACUUCUAUUUAUUUAAUAUCAGCAUCGGGUAGUAUAUCGCCAAACGGCGAUGAAGUGAUUGUUAUGAACUAUACCAACCAAGAUAAAGUUUUCAAAACAUUUCGUGAUUUGAUACUUAUGCGGAAUAGGCGUGCGAUCGGAUCACUUAUCGGCGAGAUAACUGAUAUAGCUGUAGGAAGAAAUGACCAAGUGAUUCUCUCGUAUCGUUACGAACGACGACAUGAUGUUGGCACUUGCUUGUAUAAAGUAACAAACCAUGGAAAUGAAUGGUCGUUUAUUAAACGUUUACUGUUAAGUGAUUGUUGGCGAGAUGACGUGUUCUUUACACCACGAGUGGAAUGGUGUGACAAUUUGAACGUUUUCAUUCUUGUCGAGUAUCUGACUGGUCAUUUAAUCAUGAUUGAUCAAACGGGAGUAGUGAAAGGUGAAUGUCACAUGACACAUACAGGAGUUCAACGUGAAGCACCACUUAAUAUAAGUAGUUCUACUAACAAUUGGCUUUGUGUACGGUAUAAAUCGUCAAUAAACGUUUAUCGACUAGAAGACGCAAGAUUUUGA